AUGCAGGCUGCAUCGCUUCAUACUUUACCUAUUGAACUUUUUUAUCAUUUAUUCGAUAAUCUUGAUAUACAAACAAUAUUUUUUUCAUUUCGAAAUGUAUGUAAACGAUUUUUUACAAUUGUGAAUACUUACAAUCAGUGUGAACUUGACUUAAGUUCAAUUUCAAAGAUUGAAUAUCAUCGUAUUUGUCGUAUUAUUCGUCCAGAAAAUAUAACUUCACUUAUUCUUUCCAAUAAUGAUAUGACACCAGGACAAAUUGGUUUAUUUACAUCUCUUUUCAAUAUUAAUCAAUUUCUUCAUCUUCGUACAUUAACUUUAAUUGAAAUCGAAAAGUUUGAAUUAAAUUUACUCAUGAAACAUAUUAACAUAAAGUCUUUAAGUGAGUUAUCAAUCAAUAUACGAAAAAAUAACUUUAAAUCAAAAGGUAAAUCAAUGAUUCCUCUCUUAUCUAAUAUUAUCACGAGUAAUCUUCGUAAACUUGAUUUAAGUAUGUGGAGUGAGGAAAUAAAUAAUAUAGUAUGGCCAAAACAAUGCACUUUGCAAUAUCUGACUCUUGGUCAUUACAUAACAUUCAAACAAGUUUGUGAAAUUCUUCGUCAUUUAUCUCAUCUACGAACAUUAGUAAUAAGAAAUUGUAUUAUGAAUGAUACUAAUGCAACUAUGAUAUCGUUUUCUGAUAUUCAGACAAAUAUUUGUUUAACUUCUCUGACAUUCAAGAAUAGCCGUUUACAAAUGAAUGAGUUAGAACUGAUACUUUCGCUGACACCUUCUCUUAUUCAUCUUCAAUUGACAGGUAGUGCUACUUUAUCUGAUGGUAUACUUGAUGGUUCACGAUGGGAAGAAUUUAUUCAAAUAAAACUACCUUUAUUGGAAAAAUUUGAAUUUUUUUUUCGUACCAAGACUGAUAUCAAUCAUAAUUCUAUUGAUAUCGAAUCAUGGAUUAAUCCAUUUCGAACAAUGUUUUGGCUUAAACAUAAAUCUUGGUUUGUAUCUUGUAAUUUUACCAUUAAAACAGCGACGUUUAGACUCUAUUCAGUACCAAUAUGUGAUUCUUGUAUUACAUAUGAAUCUAACUUUGACAAAAUUGAAUGUACUACUUGCACGACUAUCGAUAACGACGCAUUAAUAAUGAAUAAUGUACGUGAACUUCAUUUAGAUUUAACACUAUUGAUGUCGAGUAUAACAGCACAAAAGGUAUGUUAUCAAAAAAAAAGAAAAUCUUAA